GUUCGGCGAAUAGUAACCCCCGCUGAUUUGCGAAGAGAGCGCACUACGCCUCUGGCUUUCAGUUUGUUGUGCCCCUUUUAUUAUUAUUUAUUUCGCCGGUCUAUAUUCUCCACCCGUUACCGAUUCAAAUGUCCAGGUAAUCAUAUCGGGUCAGUCUAGUACUCCUGCGUUUUAGAAUCAAGCCCUACUGUCAUUUGAAAUUGGAGCGCUCAUUUGCAACUGCAUCACUUGUUGGCAGCAACACGACAUCGCAGCGAGUUCCCAGUUGCAAAACAUUAGCGACAGCAGCAACUUCCGCGUGCACGGCAGCAACAAGCGGCUCAAACUGCAGUUCAACUAGCGAAAACUCGUGAUUAAAGCACUGACAUAGAUUAAUUAGAGCAUAUUUAAACACAAUUCAGUUUUUAUCGAUGAAAUGAAUACACGACGUCGGUCUAUAGCUUCAUCACCCAACGUUUACGCCAUCAAUGCCAAAAUCUGCCAUUUGGUGGAACAACAUCCGUGUCUUUACGAUCGCCACGAUGACGACUACUUGCGGAAAUCGACUGUGAAAAAUGCCUGGAAGGAAAUAUCCAGUGAGAUGCGAAAUUCGGUUAAAAGCUGCAAGGAACGUUGGCGCAACAUUCGCUCCAGCUACGCCCGCUCCAUUAAGGUGCACCACGGUGCCAAUACGUACUAUCUAAACAGCGAACUGCAGUUCCUGCAAAGGCACAUCACACCCGGCGUUCCCGUUCCCCUCAGAGGUCGUCGGUCAAGAGCCAAAGGUCAGAAGGAGCACGACGAAGGGGAGCUCGAAACUCCCGUUGAGGCAAUCCUCGAGAUGGUGCACUCCCCGAGCUGGCUGGACUCGGAGCAUGCGCAGAGCCGUCACAGCACCGACUCUGAAUCGGCGAAGGAGUCGGAUUUGGACAAGAACUCCUGGUUAGGCCGUGUCAAAAAACGUCUGCCUUCGGAAUUUGAGACAUCCAACUGCAAUAUUGAAGCAUCGUCAACCAUGGAUUUCGAGGACACCGUUCCUGCAGAAAUGCGCACAGAGAGCGAGAGCAGAGAGGAGGCCAAGACAUCAACCCGCGAUAUUGAAGCACUGCCAAUCAUGGAUUUUGAUGACGCAUUCCUGCAGGGAUUGCGACCCGAAAUCAAGCACAUGAACUUUCACCAGAAGCUGUACUUCAAGCGCCGUGUGUACGACCUGCUUGGUGAGAUUUUCCAUUCCGAGGAGUCUGCCUCAUCGAGCCACCCAGCCCACCCGCAUUCCAAGGAGAAGGUGAAUGGGACGCUAUCCGCAACCACAUCGUCACCCUCCCCGGCGAAUCCUCUGCAGCACUUGGGACUGAUGUUGCAGCUGCCCAAGCGGAUGCCCAAGGCACCCAAAGAAUUGUAGCAAGCAAACUGCUUCAAUCGACUUAUAUCGAAUUUAUGUACAGUACAUAAAACCAAUAAUAUUUUACGUUGUUUUAGGCAUGUUCCCAUAAUGUAUAAACAGUGAAGUUGACAUUUAAAUAAAUAAAUAAGUUUUUUAAAAAUUA